UCAUGAUCGUGCAUUCAUAUAUCGAGCUGUGCGCUCCUCUCACUGCACUGAUCUCCGCAGAUCAAACACUCGUUCGCAACAUCCAACUCCCUCACCUUCUUUGUGUCCUUUCCUGUCUUCUUGUCUCUUUUGUUACUAUUCGGUCUGGCAUCGCCGCCUUCCCCGUCAACUAAUCUAAUACCUUACACCAACUCUCGUUUUCAUUGCCUGCCUCGCAAGCUAUUGAAUUUCCAUACUCUCCGACCCAAGGGGUCGCCCAUGUCAUAUUACAGCAACCUGCCAAUCAUGCCGAAAGAAACGCGGAGAUCAACCUCAGCAAACCACAGACAACCGGCGCCAUAUCCAGCGCAGCCGAACGCAGCCGCUCGAAACGCCGCAAUAUGGCGGUCGGUGGAUGAUGAAAAGCUCGUGCACGCCCGAGCCUCGGGAUUGAACUGGCAGCCCAUCGCCAGCCGCUUUUUUCCCUCCAAAACCGCCAAUGCAUGUCGGAAACGGCACGAGCGACUGGUUGCGCACCGGCAGGCAGAUGCCUGGCCUCUUGAAAAAGAGGAGGAGCUCUCCGAGCGGUAUGUUGCCAGAAGUGGGGAAUUUUGGGAGGCGCUAGGAAGGGAGAUGGGCGAACGUGCAAGUGUUGUCGAAAGCAAGUGCUUCGAAAAGGGGCCGAAACGCUUGCACGCUGAAGCCCGGGCGGCGCAAAAGAGGAGGGCAGGGCACGGUCGAGUGACCUCUGUCGACGAUCAAGGUACCACUGCACUUGAUCGUCGCCGAAGCGACUCUGGUGUUGGCCUUGGCGAGGAGGCUGAGAUGGAGGUAGAGCCCAUGCCUGAGCCAAGCAGAACAGCAUCAAUAGGGUGGCACCGCCAUUCGAGCGCGCGUGCGCCGGACCACACCCGGACUCACAGUCUGCCUCAACUAUUGCCGCUCUACCAGCCGCCGCCACCUCCAGCCAUGACGGACUACACGCGAUAUGUUGAGCGCGAUCCGCGGGGCUUUUGCAGCACUCGAGGCGAAGUCAGCAUACAGUCUAUGUUAUCGCCGGCUGAGCCGCGGUACUCUUGAAGUGUGCGGCGAGGGAGCGAGGCUGCUUUGACAGUAGCACGGGCGUUGUAUGAUGGCGAGAUGAUGAUAGAUGGACGUUUUGGCGCAUAGAGGUAAGCUCACUGUAGGUGUACGUCGUGGGGCUCGAUGGUAAUUGGCGAUUCUAGAAUGGUAGUAUUGUACGAUAGUAACAUG